AUGGUCUCCCCCACAUUUACCACACCUCCGAGCCCCCCGACAGACUGCAGCAACAUGACCAUACCGCUGACACUUAAAGCAUUUAAGCGGUGGCCUUCUAUAUGGCUGCACUCUAAAAGCAAGACAGCCCAGGAACACUCUGUCUGGCAGCGCAUCUUCCUGAAAGAUCCUCAGUGUGUCAGAGUCCAGCGAGCCGCAGUGAUGAGCAGCCGAAGCCCCAGAUCCUGCACAAAGAUUCACUACAACAGAUGGCGACAUAAACACUUUGAUGGACGCCAUUCCAGACUGAGCCCAGAGAAGUGUGCGUGGUCAAAAUACGAGGACCACAAGCUGUACCAGCUGGUCCAGGAGUUUGGUUCAAGGAACUGGUCUUCUGUUUCCCUUCACUUUACAGGUCAGAGGUCAGAAGGGGAGUGUCAGCAGCGGUGGAGGCACAUAAAGAAUCCAGAGCCUGUCAAAGGUCCUUGGAAACAGCACGAGGACAAGAAGCUCAUCGAGCUGGUUCACAGGUACGGCGUGAAGCGCUGGUCGGUCAUCGCCAAGCACCUGCAGAGUCGUAACGGGAAGCAGUGCCGCGAGCGUUGGCACAACCACCUGGACCCGAGCGUGAAUAAGAGCAGCUGGACGCUGGAGGACGACCGCAUCAUCUGCCAGGCCCAGAAAGCCAUGGGGAACCGCUGGGCCCACAUCUCCAAAAUGCUGCCCGGCAGGUAG